CGUUAACUACCAGGCAAACGGUGCGCGAGCAUUGGUUUUUUAUCGAACACGAAUUGAAGUGAAGAAAUUGGAUCGAAUCCUUUUGGGGGAAGAUCGAUCGAAUUGCUCCUUAGCUAUUAUAUCGAAAGAAAGGGGCUACAUCCGAAAGCGACGAGAAAGAAUCGAAACUAGAAGUGUUAAGUGUUCUGAUCUGCUCGAGACUUCCUGUGUAAAAGAAAUCCCAAGAACAGAUAAACAGUGGAAUCAAAUCAAUUCAAGUCUUACAGCUGAGAUAUUUCAAUUGAAAAGAAGUGUGAAGUGACAGUUGAAAAAUGUAUCGUAUUUUGGCAUUGCUGGUAUUAGUCACCAUAGUGCAGGCGUUGUCCAUCGACGAUCGCUCCGCUUACGAUAUCACUGUCAACGUCGAGAAGAAUUCCAACUCGUACUUCCAAAGUGCCAAACUGAAAGAGGGAACUUUCGAGUAUGGAUUGGAUGUGGAAAAGCCGGUGGAUCAUCACUUUCAGCAUAAGGUCAAGGGCCCGGACGGCAUCACGUACGGAUGUUAUGGAUUUGUGGACCCCGAUGGUAAACCACAUCUAACUCACUACGUAUCGGAUGCUAAAGGCUAUCGCGUAGUGGCACCGGAUCAUGCUACCAAGAUCUACAUCUCCCGACUGGAAAAGAGCAUUAACAACGUUUAUCAAGCCUCAGUAGAGAAGGACGUUCAAUGGAAGGACCUGUUCUUCCCACCGGCCUGCAAAACUUUGUACGCUGAGCUGGUUCAGAAUCUGCCAGCCACGACUCCCCGCACGCCACGCACCACGCCCACACGUGCCCCCACGACUCCUCGUCCAACGGCCGCGCGCCCAACCUCUGCCCGUAUUACUCCGGCGUUCGAACCGGACUUCGGUGCCAGCAGUAACCUGCACGAGUCCGUUGUCCGCGGUGAUGGCAGCUGCUCACAAGUGUGCAACGAACUGAAGGGCGAACUGCAGGAAAUCAAGUCCAAGCUGAAGACCCUCAUCGAUGGUCUGGCACGGAGGGAAGCCGAAGAGAGCCGAACGAAGUCGGCUGGCGGUGCCGGUGGAAAUGGAACCUACGCGUACUUCCCGGUCAUGUUGAGCAAUAGUCUGCCGGUGAAUGCCGCGUCCGGGCAGUUUGCGCUGCCGGCAUUCCAGUGUGGUAGGAAGUAAGAUUGACAAGAUACAUACUUCGCAAAUUGUGAUGGAAGUGAGGAAGAUGUGAAAUGUAUAUAAUUUAUAUAUUACAGAUAAUUAUUUAAGGCAGAAUGAAUGGGGAAUUGAAUGGAUGGAUAGGUUAAGGAUGUAGCUUUACAAGAUAUUUUUUUUUAA